AUGCAACACCUUCGGGCUCUUCAGAAAGUCGCUACAAGAACACGAUCCUCCUCCCUCCUCGCCGAGCACUAUUCCCAAAAAUCGAAAAUCAAUAUCAACAACAUCAACAACAUCAACAACAUCAACAACAUCAACAACAUCAACAACAUCAACAACAUCAGCAACAUCAACAUCAACAACUGCAUCCGAUAUCAACCGUUGGCAACGUGCACUGUUGACAGUGCUUCCUCCCGCGCCAGUUCUACACGCGUAGGACGGCCGAUCAAGCCAGAAGAAACCAUGGAGAAGGUCGUCACCACAGAGCGCCUGGCCCGGCUGAGGGAGCUGAUGAGGAAGAACAAGGUCGACAUCUACAUCGUUCCCUCCGAAGACAGCCACAGCUCCGAAUACAUUGCGCCUUGUGAUGGAAGACGAGAGUAUAUUACCGGAUUCUCAGGAUCUGCGGGCUGUGCAGUGAUCACACACGAGAAGGCUGCUCUGGCUACGGACGGUCGAUAUUUCAACCAAGCUGCAAAGCAACUUGACGACAACUGGCUGCUGCUCAAGCAAGGUCUACAGGAUGUCCCGACCUGGCAGGAGUGGUCUGCAGAGCAAUCCGAGGGAGGCAAGGUGGUUGGGGUCGACCCGAGAGUAAUAUCUGCUCCCGAGGCGAGAAGGCUAAGCGAGAAGAUCAAGAAGAGGGGUGGGCUGGACCUGACUGCGGUGGAGGAAAAUCUGGUGGACUUGAUCUGGGGAACGGACCGUCCGCCUCUCCCAAGUGAGCCUGUCAAGGUACUUGCUCGACACUUUUGUGGAAAGGAUGUCAAGGCCAAGUUGGAGGAGCUACGGAAGGAACUGGAAAAGAAGAAGAGCUCUGGGUUUAUUGUUUCCAUGUUGGAUGAGGUCGCAUGGCUGUUCAAUCUGCGCGGAAACGAUAUCCCGUACAACCCAGUGUUCUUCUCUUAUGCAAGUAUCACACCGACGUCCGCCACCCUCUUCGUGAACGAGUCCAAGUUGAGUAAGGAAUGCAAGACCUACCUUGCCGACAAUGGGGUCUCAGUACGCCCAUAUGAGAAAAUAUUUGACGACAGCCAAGUACUGGGGGAGUCUUUGACCGUGGAUGCCGAAGGCCAGAGUGGUCCCAUGAAGAAAUUCUUGGUAUCUACCAGGACGUCCUGGGCUCUGAAGCGAGCACUGGGUGGAGAUGCCAAGGUCGAGGAGGUCAGAAGUCCUAUUGGUGACGCGAAAGCUGUCAAGAACGAUACGGAGCUGGAUGGUAUGCGAGCUUGCCAUAUUCGAGACGGCGCUGCUCUUACCGAGUACUUCGCCUGGUUGGAGCACCGGAUCACUGUUGACAAGGCAGAAAUCGACGAAGUAACAGCGGCUGAUAAGCUCGAAGAGCUGAGAUCAAGGCAGAAGCAUUUUGUGGGGCUGUCCUUCGAUACAAUCUCGUCUACUGGAGCUAAUGCUGCCGUGAUCCAUUACAAGCCAGAACGCGGGAACUGCGCCAUCAUUGAUCCCAAGGCUGUAUAUCUGUGUGACUCUGGCGCUCAGUACCUUGAUGGGACUACUGAUACCACUCGCACACUUCAUUUUGGGGAGCCAACUGAGAUGGAGAGAAAGGCAUACACUUUGGUACUAAAGGGCAACAUUGCUUUGGAUCUGGCUAUUUUCCCCAAGGGCACCACCGGGUUUGCUCUCGACACCCUAGCGAGACAAUUCCUCUGGGUACGGUUGUUUCCAUUUCUCGUGGUAAAUUCUGCUAACCUGCAACAGGAUGAAGGACUGGACUACCGACACGGUACCGGUCAUGGAGUCGGCUCGUACCUCAACGUCCACGAAGGCCCAAUCGGAAUCGGCACCAGGAUACAAUAUUCCGAAGUCCCUCUCGCACCCGGAAACGUCAUUUCGAACGAGCCAGGCUACUACGAGGACGGCAGCUUUGGCAUCCGCAUCGAGAAUAUCAUCAUGGUGAAGGAAGUUGAGACCAGGCACAAGUUUGGCGACAAGCCGUAUCUCGGCUUUGAGCAUGUGACCAUGGUUCCCUACUGCCGGAAGCUGAUCGACGCGUCGCUGCUCACGACACGAGAGAAGCGGUGGUUGAAUGAGUACCAUGCUGAUAUCCAUGCCAAGACCAAGGACUUCUUUGAGCCGGGCUCUCUGGCUAUGAAAUAUUUGGAACGAGAGACGGUGCCUUUUUGA